GGAGUGGCCUGUGUCACGUGCCCGGAAAGGAGCAGCACUCCUGUGUUCGGUUUGGAUUGUUGUUUCCCUAUUUACCAAUUUCCUCUGAAAGCAGAGUUACUAAAGUCCCAAUUAUGCCCUUAUAUCCACAACAUGCUAUGUGAAUUUUUGUCGUUCCAUUUGAAUGGUCUUAGAUAUAUUAGGGGGGCGAAUGUAUUUGGUUUCUAACAUACAAUCGGACUGGUUAGCUUAAUCGGAACAGUUAUAUCAGAAAUCCGGACGCUUUUAAUUGUGCCUGCAACAAUUUCCAAAUAUUGCUGCAGACAGGAUACACGUUGUGAAUGCAUUCCAUAGUCACCCCUUAGAUUUUUGUUGUCAUCUGUUGUGGGGCUGGCCCGGGUCGUCAUUUCCGAUUCACAAGGGCUCCUCCUGACUCGUGAUGGCGUGGCAUUCAGCUUGAGGAAAGAGCUUACACUUUAAUGAAUGUGUAUUUGAUGCUUCCAGACAAUGCUUUUAGUAUAUAUAUGUCAGCCUCAUUCCGUGACAUUACUAUUCCUCACUUUGGCCGCCAUUGUAAAUUGAGGGCAUUAAUUUAGAUAGAAAACAAACACAGCAAGUGAAGAGCAAACUCCUGCAGGAACAAGUGGUCUACUGCACUGACCAAAGUCUUGGCAACUUUGGUUCUCUGCGCAUCGGUGUGGACACAACCUGCUCACAACUGGAUGCCUACUGAACUAUGGAAGAUGAAGUGUUUGAGCAGCUUCUGCAGGUCUUUAACCAACUUGUGCUAUGGAUCGCUGCCGGUGCGAUGAUCUUCGGCGGGGUGGUCCCUUACAUCCCUCAGUACAGAGACAUACGGCGGACGCAAAAUGCAGAGGGCUUCUCCACGUAUGUGUGUCUUGUCCUUCUUGUGGCAAAUAUUCUGCGCAUACUAUUCAGAUUCGGGCGCUACUUCGAGACGCCGCUGCUGUGGCAGAGCAUCAUCAUGAUCGUCACCAUGCUCACCAUGCUCAACCUGUGCACCAGCGUGCGUAUGGCCGGCGAGCUCAGCACCAAGCGCCGCUCGUUCCUAGCAACAGACAGUAAGGACGAGGAGAUCAAAGUCCCUAAGAGGCUCUUUCUGGACUUUGAGUGGGGCUACUUCUGGUCGUGGAGCCGCUUCGUGGACUACCUCCAGUGUGUGGUGGGCUUCACGCUGCUGGCGGCCUACGUCACCUACCUGCUGCUGGACUCCCCCGUCUACGUGGAGAGCCUUGGCUUCCUGGCCGUCUUCACCGAGGCCAUGCUGGGGAUGCCCCAACUCUACUGCAACCACCAGAACAAGUCCACCGAGGGCAUGAGCAUCAAGAUGGUGGCGAUGUGGACGAGCGGCGACACCUUCAAGACGGGCUACUUCCUGCUGACGCAGGCGCCGGUGCAGUUCUGGACGUGCGGGCUGCUGCAGGUGGGCGUGGACGUGGCCAUCCUGGCCCAGGUGUACUACUACGGCCGCUACCCCCAGAAGCCCGCCUCCCACGCCGUCUCCCACACCAGCAGCGCCAAGGCCCUCUGAAGACCCCCCCGGCCAGGGGGCCCUCAGACGGGGGAUGGGAGUGGA